GCCAGAGCUCACAGUACGUGGGGCUCUCCAGGGAAUCCGAGGGACCAUGGCAAAGAGGGUGGCAGUGGUGCUGGCUGGCUGUGGGGUGUUCGAUGGCAGCGAGAUCCACGAGGCUUCCGCGGUGCUGGUGCAUCUCAGCCGGGAGGGGGCACAGGCAGAGGUUUAUGCUCCCAACAUCCCCCAGAUGCACGUGGUGGAUCAUGUGAAGGGGCAGCCGACGGCGGAGCAGCGCAAUGUCCUGGUGGAAAGCGCCAGGAUAGCCAGAGGCAACAUCAAGGAGCUGGCUAAGCUGGAUGUCAAGGGGCUGGAUGCCCUCAUCAUUCCAGGUGGCUUUGGGGUGGCAAAAAACCUGAGCACUUGGGCCACCCAGGGCAAGAACUGCAGCAUCUCCAAAGAGGUGGAGGAUGUCCUGAGGGCAUUCCAUGCUGCCCACAAACCCAUCGGGCUGUGCUGCAUCUCCCCAGUGCUGGCAGCCAAAAUCUUCCCGGGCUGCGAGGUGACCAUGGGACACGACACAGAGUGUGAUGGAAGGUGGCCUUAUGCAAAGACUGCUGAGAGYAUGAAGGAGCUGGGCUGCAGACACAUCAACAGCCACGUCAGCGAGAUCCACGUGGACCCCAGGAACAGGCUGGUGACCACCAGCGCCUUCAUGUGCAACGCCCCCAUCCAUGAGAUCUACGAUGGCAUCGGGAAAAUGGUCCAGGAAGUGGUCAGGCUUGCCUGAAUUCCCCAAAGGCACAGCAUUCAGCUCCUCUUCCAUGGAUAACAUCUUCCCCUUUCACAUGGCAACAGGAAAAGUGACUCUCAAAAGUUCUUCCCCCUCUGCCCCCAGACCUCUGGUGGCUGCUGAGGAAGGAGAACCUUGGAGUUGUGUUCUGCCAAGGGCACAUCAUUCAGAGGCAGCAAACUGGCAGGAGCUGGGCUGGGAGCUGGCACAGAAUCAUGGAAUGCAUUGGGGUGGGAGGGACACUAAAGCUCAUUUUGUUCCAAUCUCCUCCCAUGGGCAGGGACACCUUCCACCAUCCCAGGCUGCUCCAAGCCCCAAUGUCCAGCCUGGCCUUGGGCACUGCCAGGGAUCCAGGGGCAGCCAGAGCCUCUCUGGGCACCCUGUGCCAGGGCCUGCCCACCCUCCCAGGGAACAAUUCCUUCCCAAUAUCCCAUUCCUGCCUGCACAGGAGCCAGGCUUC